UAGGAAACGUGUUGCGUCCAUGUUGCUCAGGCAAGAGGAAGACCACUGCCAUUGAAAGUGUUCUUCAAAAGCACAUUGCUGUCUCGCCGCUGUAAGGAAUAAAAAGAGUCUGUGAUGGUGAGGUUGAGGGCGAGAUGUCUGUUUGUCGGAGAUCCAGCAGUGGGGAAAAGUGCUCUCUCGCAGAUGUUCCACAGUGAUGGCACUCUCUUCCAGAAGAACUACAGUAUGACAACGCGAGUGGAGCUGCUCAUCAAAAGUGUCAACAUCCCUGAAAGCAACGAUAGCGUGGAGCUCUACAUCAUCGACUCUGCGGGGAAGGAAACGCUGGUGGAAGCCUGUGAAAAAAUGUGGGGCAGGCCGUCGCUGCUGUGCCUGGUGUUUGACCUGACCAGCCAGCGCUCUUUUGACAGCUGCAGUCGCUGGAUGGAGAGAGCCCAGGCCCAUUGCCAAGGUCUCCAUGUUCCAGGUGUGCUUGUGGGAAACAAGUCUGACCUGGCUGCCAGGAGGGAGGUGACAACAGACGUGGCGCAGGAGUGGGCCCAGAGCCAAGGCUUGGAGUACCAUGAAACAUCUGCCAAGGAGAUGGAGAACUGCGAGGCGCCGCUCCUCAGUUUAGCUCGGGCCUUUCACUCCCUCUACCUGGAGCGCAGGGAGACCAUCCAGAACCUGAGUCCAAGCUAGACGCACACACAUGCACACAUACAUGAAACAUAAUGUACUUGGGACCUUUUUCCAGACAGCAUGAGUACGAAUACAUUUGUCUUUAGUGGAUGUGAAAUAUUUUCGGUCUGUGUUGCCAUUAUGGUCCACCAGAGCCUCUUAUUGUUUUCCCCAAUAACUGAAUACAAAAAAAACAAAAAUCAACAUCUAAGGAGGUUUGUCUGUCCAGUCUAAGUUGGACUCUUUUACCGUCACUUGGGGAUUAUUUCUCUGUCGCUAUUGAUUUUGAAUUAUAUUUGAUACAACAUAGUUGUGGUAGCGUCUGAUCAAUAAUGCACACAGUAAGCUGACACAGUGUGGUGAUUUAUUAUUCCACGGUUGAUUGUGUCUUUUCUAGAGAGUUCGGCGCAAUUCUUCUCAAACUGCAAACUUUUAUUGUCCGUGUCAAAUCUAAUUACAAGACAGCACAGCUUAAACUGCUGAGUGUGUACGCAACAUCCUGUAAUUACAGCGCAAUGUUUCUGGACUCUUGAGUGGGUGAUCAUAAUGAUAGCAAUUAGAAUCUUUUUCUUGCUGUAGUUUCCUCAUGUGUUUGUGUGCGUGUGAGCGUUUCCUUAUUUUCUCCUUGUUUUUCUUCCUUUUCCAACUUUUUAUUUUGAAAAUCAAAGCAUGACCAAAAUGACUGUAUGAGUUUGUGUCCAUCAAAUAAAUUACUUCUGUACA